UAAACUCCAAAGAAGAAGAAAAACUGAGUCCAACCAUAAUAAUAUACUCAUCUAAAGAGAAGUGAAACAUCUGGCUGAGAGCUGUCUAUUGUCUGUCACACAGACAGAAAGAGCGCGGUGUCAUUGCUUUCUGACAUGCGCGACUCGUUUGCGUAUCACAUCCAGUCUCAGCAGCAAAUCUUCGCGGUGACGUGCAACGACGUUUAUCACGGAUAUUUCCGAAAAAUAAAGCUUUAAGAGACCCAACUCUCUUCAGCUGUUGUGAAGAUGAAAAGGAUCAUCCAGACUGUUACCAGCAACAAGUCCAAAAGCCAGGGUCUGUCAUGGUCAAGUGCCCUUGGCAAAGGUCAAAUGGAUAUAAAAGAAGACUGUGCCCCUAAUCAUCAGUCUGGGAUGUAUUUCACAGACCAACCGAGCCUAAAGAUUCACACUGGAGAGUCGCCUUUCACCUGCAAACAGUGUGGAGAGAUUUUCACAACGAACCAAAGCCUUGAAUGUCACACAGUAAUUCACACCGGAGAUCAAACUUUUAUUUGUUCGGAGUGUGGAAAAAGUUUUGCACAAAUGCGCUAUCUAAAAAAUCACAUGAAGAUUCAUACCGGAGAUCACCCCUUCACUUGUCCAGAGUGUGAUAAGUGUUUUACAGUGAAACAAAGCCUUGAAAGUCACUUGAAAAUUCACACUGGGGAAAAACCAUUCAUCUGCCCUGACUGUGGAAAACAAUUCAGAAUAAAGCAUAGCCUGGAGGGUCACAUGAGGAUUCACACCGGAGAGAAACCUUACACAUGCCAAGAAUGUGGAAAGAGUUUCAGAGAGAAACAAAGCCUCGAAAAGCACUUGACAAUUCACACUGGAGAAAAGCCUUACUCCUGCCCUGAGUGUGGAAAGAGUUUCAGGGUGAAAAAUUGCCUAGAAAACCACAUCAAAAUUCAUACUGGAGAGAAACCUUACACAUGCCAAGAGUGUGGAAAGAGUUUCACAGAGAAACAAAACCUCAAAAGGCACAUGAGAAUUCACACUGGAGAAAAACCUUUCACUUGCUCUCACUGUGGAAAAAGUUUCAGAGUGAGUAAAGAUCUUAAAAUUCAUGUGAGAAUUCACACUGGAGAGAAGCCUUUCUCCUGCCAACAGUGUGGAAAAAGUUUUUCAGAGAACAAGAAACUUACAAGUCACAUGAGAAUUCACACAGGAGAAAAGCCUUUCGUCUGCUCUCAUUGCGGAAAGAGAUUCAGGGGCAAACAAAACCUUGAAAGCCACAUGAGACUUCACACUGGAGAAAAGCGUUACACCUGCCCUCAGUGUGGAAAGAGUUAUAAUGAACAAAAAAGCCUUGAGAAUCACAUUAGGACUCACACCGGAGAGAAACCUUUUGUUUGCCAUCAGUGUGGAAAGAGUUUCAGACAACAAAGAAUCCUUAAGGGUCACAUUAGGAUUCACACCGGAGAGAAACCUUUCACUUGCCCUCAGUGUGGGAAGAGUUUUAUAGAGAAAACAAAACUGGAAAGGCACAAGAAAAUUCACUCUGGAGAAAAGCCUUACGAUUGCCAUCACUGUAAAAAGAGUUUCACGAUGAAGCAAAGCCUUGAAAUUCACUUGAAAAUUCACACUGGAGAAAAGCCAUUCAUCUGCCCUGACUGCGGAAAAAAAUUCAGAAUAAAGCAUAGCCUGGAGGGCCACAUGAGGAUUCACACUGGAGAGAAACCUUACACUUGCCAAGAAUGUGGAAAGAGAUUCACAGAGAAACAAACUCUCGACAAGCACUUGACGAUUCACACUGGAGAAAAGCCUUACUCCUGCCCUGAGUGUGGAAAGAGUUUCAGGGUAAAAUUUUGCCUUGAAAAUCACAUCAAAAUUCACACCGGAGAGAAACCUUACACAUGCCAAGAGUGUGGAAAGAGUUUCACAGAGAAACAAAACCUAGAAAGGCACAUGAGAAUUCACACUGGAGAAAAGCCUUACUCCUGCCCUGAGUGUGGAAGAAGUUUCAGAGUGAAACAAGAUCUUAAAAGUCACGUGCGAAUUCACACUGGAGAAAAGCCUUUCUCCUGCCAACAGUGUGGAAAAAGUUUCUCCGAGAACAAGACACUUGAAAGUCACAUGAGAAUUCACACAGGAGAAAAGCCUUUCGUCUGCUCUCAUUGCGAAAAGAGAUUCAGAGGGAAACAAAACCUUGAAAGCCACAUAAGACUUCACACCGGAGAAAAGCGUUACACCUGCCCUCAGUGUGGAAAGAGUUAUAAUGAACAAAAAAGCCUUGAGAUUCACAUAAGGACUCACACCGGAGAGAAACCUUUCGCUUGCCAUCAGUGUGGAAAGAGUUUCAGGCAACAAAGUACCCUUAGGGGUCACAUGAAAAUUCACUCUGGAGAGAAACCUUUCACUUGCCCUCAGUGCGGCAAGAGUUUUAUAGAGAAAACAAAACUGGAGAGGCACAAGAAAAUUCACUCUGGAGAAAAGCCUUUCGAUUGCCAUCACUGUAAAAAGAGUUUCACGAUGAAGCAAAGCCUUGACAUUCAUAUGAGAAUUCACACCGGAGAAAAGCUUUACACCUGCCAACAGUGUAAAAAGAGUUUUACAGUGAAACACAAACUUGAAAGGCACAUGACAGUUCACACAGGUGAGAAGCCUUACACAUGCCAACAGGGUGGAAAGAGUUUCAGAGAGAAACCGGUGCUCAUAUCCCACAUGAAAGUUCACACUGAAGAGAAGCCUGAACCUGAAGUGGAAGUAGUUUUAGAAUGAAACAAGGCCUCAAAAGUUACAUAAGAACACACUGGACGCAUGAAAUAAUAGCUGAAACUUCACAUUGCCUGUGCUCAAUGAAGGAUACGUAUAUAAUUUGCAUGCUGUUUAAAAAAAAUCCUGUUCAAUUCAGAGUUGCAAGCCCAAAGUAUACUUUUGUCCUGGAUGUUAGUGUAUGCGCACAGUUGAACACAGUUCUGUUCAUAUUCUUCAUUCAACGACACUGCAUACUUUCAUAAAAAUGUAUUUGAACCUGUUCCGAGUUGCAAUUUAGUUUAUGCAACAGUUUACGCAACAACGAUCGUUACGUAUUCAGUGUAACUUUUGUAACAAAGCUAGCGUUUCAGAAGUGUUAUUGCAGAGCAACACAAAAAGCUCGCAGAAGUAUUAAUGCAUGACUACGUGCAAGGCAGGUGCCGUUGGUCACGCCGAUCACUCGAUGCAGAAGUAUAAAUCAGCUUUAAGAGUACAAAUUUAUUGGGGCCCAUACAGUCCCAUACAGAAACAUGAUGUAUGCAAUAUAUCAAAAAUAUAUAAAACUGUAGCUAAUAUAUUUGAACACAUAUGAAGCCUACAGUCAGGUCCAUAAAUAUUAGGACAUUGCCACAAUUAUAAAAUAUUUGGCUCUGUACACCUACACAAUAGAUUUGAAGUGAAACAAAGAUGUGCUUUAACUGCAGACUGUCAGCUUUAAUUUGAGGGUAUUUACAUCCAAAUCACGUGAACGCUGUAGGAAUUACAACAGUUUGCAUAUGUGCCUCCCACUUGUUAAGGGACCAAAAGUAAUGGUCCCUAUAUAAUCAUAAAUCAAACUUUCACUUUUUAAUAUUUGGUUGAAAAUCCUUUGCAGUCAAUUACAGCCUGAAGGUGUCUAUGAAGUAGCAUAGACAUCACCAGAUGCUGGGUUUUAUCCCUGGCGAUGCUCUGCCAGGCCUGUACUGCAUCUGUCUUCAGUUCCUGCUUGUUCUUGGGGCAUUUUUGUAUCAGUUUUGUCUUCAGCAAGUGAACUGCAUGCUCAAUCGGAUUCAGGUCAGGUGAUUGACUUGGCCAUUGCAUAACAUUCCAAUCUUUCCUUAAAAAACUCUUUGGUUGCUUUUGCAGUAUGCUUUGGGUAAUUCUCCAUUUGCACUGUGAAGUGCCGUCCAAUGAGUUCUGAAGCAUUUGACUGAAUUUGAGCAGGUAAUAUUGCUCAAAACACUUCAGAAUUCAUCCUGCUGCUUUUGUCAGCAGUCAAAUCAUCAAUAAAUACAAGAGAACCAGUUCUAUUGAGAGCCAUACAUGCACACCAUCUCACCACUACCACCAUGCUUCACUGCUUAAAAUCAUGAGCAGUUUCUUUCCAUCUCCAUACUCUUUCCAUCACUCUGGUACUGGUUGAUCUUCAUACAAAAGCAUUCCUACAUAAAGAUCAAUCUUAAGAACCAAGAUGCAUCGUUAUCAAGAAACCCAGGCCAGGUUUUGCCACAUUUUGGACAAACUAGCUCUAAACAUUAGCUUGUCUGAGCUGCGCAUACAACGUACAAAAUCAUUAGGAUGCAGUCACUGAUAAGAAGCCACAGGGAUGGGUUUGUUCAGUUGUGGAUGAGUGAAAGUGAUGAGGCCAAAGGGUAAUUUUGGUUAGCAUGCCAACUUACACAUUGUUACCAAGAAAAGGUUCAUGAGGGAAUAUGUGCAACUUUAUGAACACUAUCGUUAUAUAUUAAGCUAUUACAAUGCAUGAUGUUUAUAUUAGUGUUUACUCGUUUAUUCUACAUGAAUGUAUAAGACAUUUAUUAUAAAUAUUUUCUUGUCCACAUUAUGACACUAUAGACUAGAGGCGUUAUUAUGGGAUCAAGUUCCUGCCUAAAAUAUCGUGGUCGCGGAUAGAAAAAAUAAUGCGUCCUCAUUGGUCCACUAGUAAAGAUUGACAGUUGCUCCUCUAGCCAAUCAGACAAAGGGGAGUUGACAUCACUCCAAUCCACCUCCUGACUGCUUAGUGUAUCAGGGGAAGAUGUGUUUGUUUACAGGAUCGUUUGUUGUCAGUAAGUUAAAGGACUGUAAGCUCAUUAUACCAAGACAAAAUUACAUAAACUUUUUCCUGAUACCUUUCCCUUCUGUGAUAAAUGCAAGACUGACUUAGCCACUCCCUUACAUAGUUAUGCUCUGUGUUCAAAAUUGAUCCCUUUCUGGGCUGAAAUAUUUAAAACUCGAUCUAAAAUUUUACAUUGUGAAUUAGUUUUCGACCCACUUUUGGUCAUAUUCGGAAUUUCAGAGUAAACUAGAUCACUCCAGGACUCUCAAAAACAACUGCUGUCUUACAGCCUUAUUGUGGCAAAGAAGCUGGUGCUAAGGUUUUGGAAAUCAAAUGAAUCCCCAUCAUUUAAAUCUUGGCUGGAAGAAUUAACUAAAUUAGCAAAUUUGGAAAGGAUCAGAUUUCUUAUGGCAAAGAAAUUUGACAAGAUUUAGUCUCCCCUUGAAAGCGUGGGUUAAAAACCCAGAUGGUGAAGGUCACACCAACAGUACUGCAUAAGAUUUAGUCCCAGGGGUAGGGUGGGUUUUAGGGGUUAGACCUACUAGGAGCAUGUCUAUGGUGCCUAUUUGGAUUCAUCAAUUAACAUGUUUUUGGAUGGUGGGAGGAAACCGGGGAACCUACGUGAGCACGGGACGAACGUGUAAACUCCGCACAGAAAUGUUGGCUGGAUUGGUAAGGAAUAGAACCAGUGACGUUCUUGCUGUGUGGCAACAGUGCUAACCACUGGGCCACCGUGCUGCCUAUCUAGGAAAGGAGGAGGAGUGGAAGGAGGGAUUCUUUAAAACGAAGAUGGCUGUUAUAUGGAACUCCGGGUAUUUAUAGUGGCUUAGGAAUCACCUUAUUGGUGAAUCAUAAAUUGGAAAAAGCAAUCAAGUACGUGAUCCCCUCGAAAUUAGUUUAUAAAUAAACUUCACUUAGUUUUCGCUUUUGCGCAUUAUAAUUUUACAUCCAAUGUCAAUAUAUUGAUAUACGCGCAUUAUUUUUUACGAUACUUUAACCGGGAAUUUUAUCCCAUGUCAUAAAUACAGCAAAUGGACAAUGGGAGAGAUGUGUUGAUAAUGGAGAAGAAUACAGUUUUUGACUGUACUGAAGGCUAGCAUGCAAGUGUUGUGGAUUUUACAGAAUGUUCAAAAAUGAUGUAUUUAUGGUAUAAACUUUAUGCAUAUUUAUGAACACUAAGAAAAUUAGUUUUAUGAACUGUUUAUUCAUUGGAACCAAGUGAAGAUAAUGUUUGUAUUUAUAGUUGUUUGCACAUUUUAAAUGCGGUCAUCAACCAUCAAUGGCUUAAUGUUUGUAGGACAGUAAUUGUGGUGUGCUUUACAUUGUUGGUCCUAAUCUUAAAUUGUA